GUAUUAGCAGAGACUCCCGCCACAAGCGUUCGCACACAGGUGCUAAACGGGCUCAAUAUCGCAAAAAAAGGAACUAACACGAAACUUGGACCAAAACGUAUUCAUGAAGUCCGUGUUCGUGGCGGGAAUAAAAAGUUUCGUGCCCUUCGUCUUGACUCUGGUAACUUUUCAUGGGGAUCAGAAUCUAUUACCAAGAAAACGAGAAUCAUUGCUGUUGUUUAUAACGCUUCAAACAACGAAUUGGUUCGAACCAAUACUCUUGUAAAAGGUGCAAUCAUUCAAAUCGAUGCUACACCCUUUAGGCAAUGGUUUGAAGCGCACUAUGCACAACCUCUCGAAGAAUUGAGCAAGAAGCGAUCUAACCAUGUUCAACGAAAAAUUGACAGUCGUAAAGAGGAUGCAAAGGUUGACCCCUUAUUGGAUGACCAAUUUACUACUGGCCGCCUUUAUGGCCAAUGUGGUCGUGCCGAUGGUUAUAUUCUUGAGGGGAAAGAACUCGAAUUUUAU